GUGGGCGGUUCCGAAACGGAACGGUCGCUGUCAUUGGCUGAAGUGAGGAGGCGGUGAGUGGCUGGAUGUCACGGCGGUUAGAGGAUAGAACCUUGUGAUUAGUUGCCGUGCCUGUCAGUCAAAGCCAGGGCCCCGCCUACAAGGUGGGCGGUGAAGAUGGCGGUGUUUUUCGCCGGUCGCUCCGUGAGGGUCCCCCAGCACCGGAACUCCGGGGAGUGUGUCCGCAAGCUGACUGUGAGCGCCUGCAAUCCGGGCAGUGGAUCCAGGCUGGGUGCCGCCGGCGUUGGCCGGGGGGCCGGUGGGUGGCGGCGGUUGCUGCUCCCUCCCUGGGUGGCGCAGAGGCCGGCUGCCCGGAGCCGAGCCGCGGCUGGGAUCCUGGAGCCCACUCCCAGCAGGAACACUCCCAGGCGGGGAGCAGCAGAGCGGGGGAGCCGGCUCUCAGAAGCUCUGACCGCCCUACGGUUACACCGCACACAGCAAACACCUGGCAGUGACCCUCCUGUCGCUGUCGGUGUGACAUUUCCACUGGAAAGGGACCUGUGUCCCCAGGAUAGGGAGCUCAGUAAUACUGACCUAUACAUGAUGCAUGUUCAUGGGUUUAUUCACCAUGGCAGCUGCCUGUCCUGUCGGGUCUUGGCCCCUCACUUGAGGAACCACAAAUACCUCCAGGGCCUUUGGAGCUUUAAACGGUCAAUCGUCACAAAUGGCUGGGCAUCAGCCCUAGACAGUAACGGACACUGGCAUUUUGUCACCAUGGUACAUCACCAGUGCAGACCCUACGGCUACUUUAGAGAUGGCAACAAGUACUCUGGAAGAAAUAAUGCUGUCCCACUUCCUCGAGGAAGCAACACGCUCUACUACGAUAUUUUGAAAAUCUCUCCCAGUGCCACCCAGAGUCAGAUCAAAUCAGCAUACUACAAGCAGUCAUUUCGUUACCAUCCGGACAGAAACGCAGGCAGUGAGGAAGCAGCAUUGAGGUUCACUCAAAUCAAUGAGGCAUACUCCGUGCUGGGAAGCGUGACCCUCAGGAAGAAGUACGACCGGGGAAUUUUGACGGCAGCAGAUUUACGUAGCGGGAAGAAACCUUUGGAGAAAGCCCAAACCUCAACGUCAAAACAAUCACAGGCUUGGAGCUCGUCAGAUAAAUUGGGCUCCGAGAAAUCGAUGUUCAAUUUCGAUGAGUUCUACAAAGCUCAUUAUGGGGAGCAAUUGGCCAGGGAGCAGACCCAACGCUGGAGAAGGAUGCAGCUUCGCAAAAACAAGGAAAGUCUGGAGGGGAGGUGGCAUAUUCAGAAACUAUUGGAGAUGACAGUGACUGCUAUGCUUAUUGGAGGGUUUUUUCUACUGUUCAGUAUCGAUAAUAAAUAAAUGAAUGAGGCUUCCUCAAGGACCUAAUACUUGAAUUUCAUUGUAAUUUCAUGAGUGUCAAAAUAGUACUAGACACACUUCUGGUCAAACAGAAAGGGGCACAUUAGGAGCCAGAGUUUGUAAUAUUAAGGCAGUAGCUGAAAAAUUCUUGUGAUCACACCUCAUCAUUUAUUGUUGGCUGUAACAAUUUUUUAGUUCAGUCAAAUUAUUGUUUAGUAAAAUAAUCAGAAUGCAAAUUUUGGAAAUUUGAAAUUAAAAAUGGGAAUAUGCUGGAGAUGUGAAGCAAGUUAGUCAGCAUCUGAUUAGGAAAAAGACAGUUUUCAGAACCUCAUUCAUUACAGACACUGACUGGCUUGCUCUAAAUAUUUAUAAUUCUUAUUCAUAGAACUUUCUCAUUUGUUUUUGGCUCCACAACUAAUACACAACCAUCUUUAGUCUAUUUUGUAUGGUCACUGAAGGUAAUGCUCUGUAAUUUGAAAAUAGCUAAUGUCUGUACUCUGACAAUUGAUUAUAUUGAAUCUUAAAAUGAUUUUGAAAACUGGAAUUUUUUUCAUGUCAGACGGUGAGUGUAACUGCAAGCAUUUACACUGCAAGUGCAGCAUCAGUGCAUUGUUAUGGUAACAAUGUAAAGCCAAGCCCGGAGUGAGACUCCGUUCCUCAGGACUCUUCUACUUCUCUCAGGCUUCAGGUCUGACUGUGAUUAAAGAUUUGGACUGUAAUUUACAGUAAUAGUGCACGUUCAGUUUCAGUUAACAUGUACCUCUACAAUUUUCUUUGCUGCUCCUACCCUAAUUUGGUUCAAAUCUGAUUCACCAUCACCCUAGAACAUACAGCAUGGUGCAGGCUUCUGGCCCUCAAUGGUUUCACAGGUUGGCACAACUGAAGCCUAAGCUUUACUAUUCCAUUAUCAUCUGUAUGUUUAUCCAAUGACCAUUUAAAUGCCCUUAAAGCUGGCAACUCUACGACUGUUGCAGAUAGGGCAUUCCAUGCCCUUACUAUGUUGUGAGUAAAGAACGUACAUCUGACAUCUGCCCUAUAUCUAUAACCCCUCAAUUUAAAGCUAAAUCCCCUUGUGCUAGCCCUUGCACACUUUGGCUCCUAAUACGGCUAAACUAUUUUCAAAAAUUCUAUUAUCAAAUGUCUCCGUGGCCUUGCCCUUUCUUAUCUCUCUGUCCAGUUCUAUAACUUCCAAGAUAUUUUCAGUGCUCCAACUCUGGCCUUUUGAACAUUUCUGAUUUUAUUACAGCACCAGUGAUGUAAAAAAUCCUUCAGCAGCCUAGGCCCCUAUAUCUAGAAUUCUUUAAUGCUUAUCUAUAGUCAAUCUCUUUGUUGAAUGCCUUAAAUUCCUUUGAUAAAAUGUUUAUUCAACUCUGUUUGCAUCCUAUGUGGCUGGAGGCCAAAUAUUGUUUGAACUGCUUUGUGAUUCUUUACUACACUAAAGGUGCUAUCAAAAUGGAAGUUGUUUGGUAAACAGUAAAUGUGCAAUAUCAUAGUAUAAAA